GGAUCGGGUCUCCGCGGGCUCGGUUUGGUUCACGUCGCUGUUUGGCUCUUUCGUCUAGGGGUGGAUUCUCCUCGGCAUUGGGUUCACUCCAGUACCGGCCUUUGGGAAGCUGAAUGAAUUCGUCGGUCUCCUAGUAAAGAGAGACAGGGCAGCGGCUGGAGAGGGCAGCGGCUGGAGAGAGCAGCGGCGACGGUCAAGUCGCUCAGGCGCAAGCCGGAACCCUCUGGCCCCCGCUCCCCCAAACGGGGGCCAAAACCCGGAGCUUGGAAGAAUAAGCAGGAAAUGGCGGACGAGGCGUUGUUUUUGCUUCUCCAUAACGAGAUGGUGUCUGGAGUGUACAAGUCCGCGGAGCAGGGGGAGGUGGAAAAUGGACGAUGUAUUACUAAGCUGGAAAGCAUGGGGUUUCGAGUGGGACAAGGAUUGAUAGAAAGGUUUACAAAAGAUACGGCAAGGUUCAAGGAUGAGUUAGAUAUCAUGAAGUUCAUUUGUAAAGAUUUUUGGACUACAGUGUUCAAGAAACAAAUCGACAAUCUAAGGACAAAUCAUCAGGGCAUCUACGUACUUCAGGACAACAAAUUUCGUUUGCUUACUCAGAUGUCUGCGGGAAAACAGUAUUUAGAACAUGCAUCUAAGUAUUUAGCAUUUACAUGUGGCUUAAUCAGAGGUGGCUUAUCAAAUUUGGGGAUAAAAAGUAUUGUAACAGCUGAAGUGUCUUCAAUGCCUGCAUGCAAAUUUCAGGUGAUGAUACAGAAGCUGUAGAACGUACUGAAAUGCAAGGCUUCAACAGUUUAAAGAGAUAAAUUAUUCAUGUAUAAAGUAUUUCAACUGGCAGUGAUUUAAUUACAUUGUACAGGAGUAAGAGUGUAUUUCAUCAGUUUAACACAGACCAACUUAAAGCAGAUAAAGGGAUAUUCUACCAUGAUAUACUGAAACUAUUUAAAAUGUGAACCUGAUUUCAAAUAACUAGACACCAAGAUGUAUGACCCUUAUUUUAAACAUUUUUAUUUGCCUAGAGUGAUUUAACCACAGAUGGAGAAGCAAAACUCAGGGUUUGUUGAAUUAGCAUAAAGAAAAGCUUGCAUCAAUCAGAAUCAUUUGUGUAAGAAUGAACAAAUUUUGAUAAAGUAUGAAUUUGUUUUAUUUAUAAAAGUAAACUACAUUAAAUUAAAUUAAGCUUAAUUUUUAUUUUAUUUCUUAUAAUUUAUUUUAGAGAAUUUUUAUGCCUAUAUCGGGAUUUCAUAUAUACAUUGUGUGUGUGUGUGUAUACAGAUACAUAUAUGACUGCCUAAAUCGCUUAAAAACUUAAUUUCACUUUAGUAGAUUUCAUUCUUUGAAAACUCUAUUAAUAUAAUCAAAGUGAAAUACAGAUUAGUUUGAAUGUGAAUUCAGUGACUCCAGGGCCAAAGAAUAUUAGGUAUAUUAGGAAGGAAUUUUUUAUGUGUUUUCCUGUUUACAGUUUUGACUUUCAACUUCUCUCCUUAUGCAUGGAAGUCCUGGUAAAUAUUUUAACAUCUUUGUCUUUAUUUCUUUAUUUACUCUUUCAUAAAGGGCAGAGAUGUGGUUGAUUAGAUUAGUCACAUUGACAUUCACUGGACUAUAUCUUCUCAGUGGGUUGGAGUCUAUGCUUAUCUAGUAUAUCUCUUACCACUUCUACUUACUUUAUCUUAAAUUUAUCUGGCAUAAGCAGAUAUCUUCAGUCCAGCUUUUGUUAGAACUCUGCAUAUUGAGGUGUCUGCACUUUGAUUAUUACAACUGUACUUUUUUCCCAGUUAUUACCCUUGUGCAUAUAUUUGUUUGACAGGGAACUGUGCAGAAAAGGUUGAUAACUCUGUAGAAGGGGUUGAUUGACAUGCCAAACAAGAUGUUUCACUGGGUUCUCUGCCUUAAAAAUGGCAGAUUAAGAAGGGUGACUCCUUGUAAUAAAAAACCAAAAUAUUAUAUUAAAAACAUGAAAUAAAAAGUGUAAAAGUUUACUUUAGGACAUAAGGGAAAACUCAAGUUAGGGGCAUACCAUUUUCCUUUCAUAGAAAGGUGCAGUAUCAAAGAUGUCAGUUUAACUCACGUUGAUUUAUUAAAUUGGAGCAAUCCUAAUUCUGUAAUGAUUUGGGAAAAAAAUUUUUUUCAGAUUUUGAAAAAAUAAAUUCGGGAAAGAUCCUACCAAAUAUAAAAAUAUAAUGUAAAGCUUAGUGAUUAAAAAGGGUCAUAAUGAUCCAGGAAUAGCUAAUAACACAGAAAUGGAUCAGAGUGGAACAAAAUAGAGAACUUUAAAACAGGUGUAGCAUAUAGGAAUUGUAUGUAUGAGAAAGGUGUUAUCUCACAUCAAUGGGUUUGUUAGACACUUGUUUUCCUACCCAUCAGCCAUUUCCCCCUUCCUUUCUUGCUGACAAUGCCCCAUUUUUAUUUUGGUGUUAACACUCUAUGACUGUCUUGUACUAUAGUGUGCUUUCCUAGUCCCAGAGAGGGUGAGUUUUGAUUAGAUGCUAAGCCAAUCAUUUUAAUUGGCUUAUCUUUUUUUUUUUUUUUUGCGGCUGGCUGGUGCGGGUAUCUGAACCCCGUUACCUUGGGAUUAUAAGGCUGCACUCUAACCAUCUGAGCUAACUGGCCAGCCCCAAUUGACUUAUCUUGAUCAUUUGAUGAAAUCCUGGCUGAGACAAAGUGGGGUAAGUCUAAAGGAUUUUUAGGACAUUUUUUGUUGCUCUUAAAAAUGGAUACAAGGUAAAGAUUUGCCCCCUUCCCUUAUCUGCUUCUCAGUGAAGAUAUGUGAUAAUGGAUGUUUGGAACUAAUCUCCAAUAGCCUUUGAAUGACCGUGAAAGGGCAAACAUGAAGACGAAAGACAUCACACUGAGGGUAGCAGGAUGCAGAUAGAAAGCACCUGAAUUAUGCUUCUGAAUUAACCAAUCCUGGAACUGCUUUACCUUUGGGCUUUUUGUUAUGUGAAAUAUUAAAUUACUUAUAUUAUUCAG